AUUAGCGGGUUUUGUUUGAACGGGCAGCAGCAGGUGCUGGCGUCGCUUUUUUUUUUUUUGCUUUCGUUUGGGUUUUCUUUUGUGCAAAUUCGGGAUAAGCUGCACAAUAAUGUAUACGCCCAGGCAGAAGCAUCAUGGUCAGGCAUUUGCCUCCUCACCGCAAACGCCAAUAAGCUUUAGCCGUGAGUUGCGUCAAGUGUUGCAAGAGCGGAAUUUGCUAACAGCCAAAUCGCGAAGGAAAGUAUGCUCUAUGCUGGAUAGUAAUUCGAGUAGCCCAAUCGGUUCACCCAAUCCAGAGGCAGGGAAACGUAUGGGAUUUCGUCUGCAGGCUGUAGAGGAAAUCAUAUCUUCGGAGAAAUCGUAUCUGGAGCAAUUGGAGAUCUUGAUGAACUACUUUGUCAGGCCACUGAAAGAGCAAGCCAUUAUCGAUGGGACCAAUCAUACAGCACUUUUUGGACAAAUUGAAAUGAUUCACAAUCUAAAUGGCGAAUUCCUUAGGGAACUGCAGGCCAAUAUGGAAAAUGUGGCUCAGGCUUUUCUGAAAAUGGCCCCCUUCUUCAAGCUAUAUUCGGUCUAUGCCUUUGAUUAUCGUGGUGCUUUGUUCAUAUUGCAGGAUUUGAUAAGUAAAAAUCCAGUUUUUCGAAAAUUUCUUGAACAAACCGAAAGUCGUCCAGAAGUUCAACGCAAACUCAAUUCCCUGAUGAUAGUUCCCAUACAACGAGUGCCCAGAUAUAAAUUACUUUUGGAGCAAGUUCUGCUUUACACCAGUCCCGCCGAUGCCGACUAUAAAUUGCUCAAGGAAUCCGUUAAGGAAAUCGAAGCAACUGCUUCACAUAUCAAUACUUGCGUGGAGGAACAGGAAAUAACACAAUAUUUGAUUCAUUUGCAAAAUUCCUUGGUCAAUCGUACACCAAAUAUAGUGAAACCGUCUCGUCGCGUCAUUAAGGAGGGAAUCCUUCAAAAGAUCACCCACAAGGGUACAGAGAUCAAGCGCUAUUGUGUCCUUAUGUCCGACAUAUUCAUGUACUGUAAAAUGAUUAAGGACCGACCAUCAAAUACUGUCGUUGAGAAUUCUCUAGAAUGUUGUUGCAUUUUCCCUCUCAAGAAGUGCAAAGUGUAUGAAAUGUUGCCGGGUAAUUUCAAACUGACUUGUCAAAAUGAUGGCAUCAUAUUUGGGGCUGGAGAUCUGCAACAGUCUCGCACAUGGGUGAGCUUCAUACGGGAUGCGAUUGAUUUGCAUGUCCAAUGCCGCAAAACUUUGCGCAAGGAUUCCAGCAAGAGGACACCCAUACGGAAAAAGGAUAUCAAGAAAUUCGGUUCCGAUUAUGUACUGAGUCCCAAUAAACGAAAAUGCGAAUAUGAGACCAUAUUUCGCAAUAAAAAUCGCUCCGAGGAAUCCGAAGAGGAGGAGGAGGCCAAACCACAGAGUUAUUGCUUUCCGGGUAAGCGUAAAGCAACUCCAUUUGUAAGCCACAACAAGGUGAAGAAGCGUCCGGCUCCACAGCCACCAUCAUCGCCUCUUGCUGCUGCUGCUGCCGCUGCUCCUUCUUCCACUUCAGUUCAUCUAAGAGGAGGAGAAGGAGGAGGCUGUAAGGAGAAUCGCAUUUCUAAGCUCUAUAAAAUGAUUGCCACUGGCGAUAAAAUGGCACAUAAUGUUCGCGGUAUACUUAAACGCUCGAAUGUCACAACACCGGUCAAUCAUGGUCCAGAUAAUGAUCCCACUUAUGGUUUUGCCAGUCGUUAUUCCGAUUCGAAAUCUUACUUUCGUGCUCAUAAUGUCGACAAUACCAUACCCUCAGCUCUGAAGCGCGAAGAUCUCUUCGAUUCAGAUCUGGGUAAUGGUAAUUUUCAAGAUAUACUCUUUCCAUUGCGUUCAAGUGGCAGCAGUCAAAAGAGCGCAAAUGCUGGAAUUGGUGGAUGGACAACUCCCGCUCAGGAGCAACAAAUCUUUUCACCACCCCAAAAGAAGCGUGUUAAAUUUGAUGAUACACUUCACGAUGCAACAUCCACGAAUUCAAAGGAACAGCAGAAACCUUUUGUAUUUUCCAAAGUGGAAAGCAGCGCCAAAACCACUUCUUUGCGUGAACGGAUUUAUGACUUCUUUGCCAAUCUCUUUUAGAGAUUUGGCCAUUCCAAUUAUGGUAUAUAUAUAUAUACGUAUAUAUCGGCGUUACAAGACUUUAAGUGUACACUGAAUCAUACUGGAGAUGGACAAUAGAAAGUUUAAUACUUCAUAUCCUAUUCCCAGAUUCCCCUUAAAGACAACUGAUUCUUUUUUGUUUUGGAAAUAUCCAUUCCUAUAUAGUUUUCUAUAUGCAAACGUAAGACUUACCCAAAAUUUAUCCCCAUUUUCUAAAUGUUUAAGCGUCGUACAAGUUGAGUGCUUAUUAUACGUUUUUGUCAAUUUAUAUUAAAAAAAAAAGAUUUAUGCAAAAUUUGUUGGUUUACGUUAAGUGUAUAUGAUAGUAACCCUUUGCUUUUGAAAGUGGUUAAGAGAUUAAAUGAGAUUGAUAAACUUAAGAUAGGAAAUCAUACUCAUUUACCAUCUGGCGACCGAAUAUUUUUGGUUCUAUUUUCUGUUUUGCGCAUUAAGUUCAAUUUAUUAUUUUAUUAAUGUUUAUAUGCUCAAAAAAAUAUCAAUAAAUCUCUUUACACCUGCUAA